GAGUCCGUGUCAGAAGUUGCUUCCCGUCAUCCCGCGUCAACAUGCAACCGCAAAUGGUCCCUCCCGGUCUGGAAACCGGAACCUUUUACAUACCCAUAGCAAACCUGCCUUUCGACACAAACUGGAGGCAAUUCAAGGAUUGGCUCCGCGAAGGUUGUGUUGUUGAUCAUGUUCAAAUCUUUGGGCCCAGUACCUCUGGCUGGAUUAGGGUGAUGGGCCAACACAAUUUCCACGGUGCAUGUGAUCGCCUGAAAGAGGGCGUGUUUCACGGCAGGCGGAUCAUGUUUGACGAUCGCAACAUAUCAAGUCCCAUCAUGAUCAAAGACGUCGAGGUGAACGAAAACUCAGCAUCUACGCAAGCGAGAUCGCAAAGACACGAAUCAGCGUUAGACUAUCAGCGAGCUGGUCCCUACCCGUAUGAUUCCUAUCCAGGAACAUCAUAUCCUCAGUGGGAUCCGAAUACCUUUAAUCCUAGUCAAGGAGAUUACAACACUCAGCAGCCAGUCGCGUGGUACGACGGUCACAGUGGAAUGUACCCUACUUCCCCUGGCCAAACCGUCAUUACUGAACAAAGAAGGAUUGUUGUCAGUCGUAUCGGUCGCAACACUUCGGAUGACCAGAUCAGGGCUUUUAUCCAGCAAAGUACAUCGAGCAAAUCAGAGCUUCAAAGAAUUGAUAUCCCUCGCGGCUCCAACAACCAAAGAAAAGGCGGCCAUGCAUUUGCGACGUUCCGGACGCCAGAUACCGCACUAAGCGCUGUCAAGGCACUCAACGGAAAGUCUUUGAGCGGCCACGAGAUCGAGGCACGUCUGACCAACGAAGGAAUCACCGAAGGACAACCACAAAAUCCGGUUUCUCGUCCAAAGAAGAGCGGCGACCCGUCAAAAAAGAAGAGGUCAAGCGGGAAGCCCACGUCACUGACGACGACCAGCUCGAGUAGUAGUCGGCCAUCUGGCGAAUCGUCGUCUUCUCGUCAACCGCAAGCAAUAGUUGUCGAUGGUAGCAAAUACCGUUCUAAGUCAGGGUCCAAGGAGAGAGAAGGAUGACAGAAAGGCAUUCAUUCAGCCAGUGCUGCCACCCGGUGCUGCCACCCAGUGAAUACGCACCAGACGACGUGUUUCCAGGCGCUUGAUGCGAGGCGCCUCUAUUGAGAUGG